UGAGUCACCACUGCGCAGCUCUGCUCCUGCGGUGCGUCGGACCCGGUCGGAGCCGACUUGUUCUCUUGUACCCCAGCCCUUCGCGGCCAAGAUGCCUGAGGAGAUGCACCAUGGGGAGGAGGAGGUGGAGACUUUCGCCUUUCAGGCAGAAAUUGCCCAGCUUAUGUCUCUGAUCAUUAAUACCUUCUACUCCAACAAAGAAAUUUUCCUUAGGGAGUUGAUCUCUAAUGCAUCUGAUGCCUUGGACAAGAUCCGGUAUGAGAGCCUGACAGACCCUUCCAAGUUGGACAGUGGCAAAGAGCUGAAGAUUGACAUCAUCCCCAACCCUCAGGAGCGAACGCUGACUUUGGUGGACACAGGCAUUGGCAUGACCAAGGCUGACCUCAUAAACAACUUGGGAACCAUUGCCAAAUCGGGCACGAAAGCGUUCAUGGAGGCCCUUCAGGCUGGUGCAGAUAUCUCCAUGAUUGGGCAGUUUGGUGUUGGAUUUUAUUCUGCCUAUUUGGUGGCAGAGAAAGUUGUUGUGAUCACCAAGCACAAUGAUGACGAGCAGUAUGCCUGGGAGUCUUCUGCGGGGGGGUCAUUCACUGUCCGUGCUGACCAUGGGGAGCCCAUUGGCCGAGGCACCAAGGUGAUCCUUCAUCUCAAAGAAGACCAGACAGAGUACUUGGAGGAGAGGAGGGUUAAAGAGGUGGUAAAGAAGCACUCCCAGUUCAUUGGCUACCCCAUCACCCUUUAUCUGGAGAAAGAACGAGAGAAGGAAAUCAGUGAUGAUGAGGCAGAGGAAGAAAAAGGUGAAAAAGAAGAGGAAGAUAAGGAUGAUUAAGAGAAGCCCAAGAUUGAAGAUGUGGGCUCAGAUGAAGAGGACGAUACUGGAAAGGAUAAGAAAAAGAAAACCAAGAAGAUUAAGGAGAAAUACAUUGAUCAUGAGGAACUGAACAAGACCAAGCCCAUUUGGACCAGAAACCCUGAUGACAUCACUCAGGAGGAAUAUGGAGAGUUCUACAAAAGCCUCACCAAUGACUGGGAAGACCAUCUGGCAGUCAAGCACUUCUCUGUGGAAGGUCAGCUGGAAUUCAGGGCAUUGCUCUUCAUUCCUCGGCGGGCUCCUUUUGACCUAUUUGAGAACAAGAAGAAGAAGAACAACAUCAAGCUAUAUGUCCGUCGUGUGUUCAUUAUGGACAGUUGUGAUGAGUUGAUCCCCGAGUACCUAAAUUUUAUCCGUGGUGUGGUUGACUCAGAGGACCUGCCCCUAAACAUCUCCAGAGAAAUGCUCCAGCAGAGCAAGAUCUUGAAAGUCAUCCGCAAAAACAUUGUUAAGAAAUGCCUUGAGCUCUUCUCUGAGUUGGCAGAAGACAAAGAGAACUACAAGAAAUUCUAUGAGGCAUUCUCAAAAAAUUUAAAGCUGGGAAUCCAUGAGGACUCCACUAAUCGGCGACGCCUUUCUGAACUGCUGCGCUAUCACACCUCUCAGUCUGGAGAUGAGAUGACAUCCCUGUCUGAGUACGUGUCUCGCAUGAAGGAGACACAGAAGUCCAUCUACUAUAUCACUGGCGAGAGUAAGGAACAGGUGGCCAACUCUGCCUUUGUGGAGCGCGUGCGGAAACGGGGCUUCGAGGUGGUGUACAUGACUGAGCCCAUCGAUGAGUACUGUGUGCAGCAACUCAAGGAGUUUGAUGGGAAGAGCUUGGUCUCUGUGACCAAGGAAGGCCUGGAUUACAUGAUGGCCAAGAAGCACCUGGAGAUCAACCCUGACCACCCCAUUGUGGAGACCCUGAGGCAGAAGGCCGAAGCUGACAAGAAUGACAAGGCUGUCAAGGAUCUGGUGGUGCUGCUGUUUGAGACUGCGCUUUUGUCUUCUGGCUUCUCCUUGGAGGACCCCCAGACCCACUCCAACCGAAUCUACCGCAUGAUCAAGCUGGGCCUGGGCAUCGAUGAAGAUGAGGUGACUGCGGAGGAGCCCCGUGCUGCUGCUCCUGAUGAGAUCUCUCCCCUUGAAGGGGAUGAGGAUGCGUCCCGGAUGGAAGAAGUGGAUUAGGAGCUCCUGCUGUGGGAAACCUGUGUCCUUUGUAUAGUGUCCCUGCGGCUCCCCAGCAGCCUGAGUGGCCCUGUCCCACCUCUCCCUCUGCUAAGUCUAGUAACUAAUUUCUCCUGCCCUGUGUUGAAAGCAGGAAGGGCCUUGAGCCCUAUCCCCUCCGUAAUUUGACAGCAGAGUUGGAUGUUGUGUAUCGUGAUCUUAUUUUUUUGUUUAUUUUGUUCUGAAAUUAAAGUAUGCGAAAUAAAGAAGAUGGAGUUUUA